CGCUUUCCUUUCCCGCCUGCCUCUGUCCGUCCGUCCGCGCAGGGCGCAGAUCUCGAGUCGACUUUCAAGGCCAACCGGCCAAUCAGCCAUUCAAAGCCACCUCAACGUCGCAACGCAACGCAACGCAACGCAAUGAGCUCUCCAUGAAUGAUCACAAGGCUCCAACGACCAUGCAUCUUCAUGGUAUCAAAGCGCAACAACAUCGCCUCUACGUCAAGCGGCAAUCUCCUUCUCGACGCACUGGAUAGUGUGGAGUGGCAACCCCCUGCCCCGAGCAACAGCACAGCCGCGGCGUCGGCGGUGAGGUCAAGCUCAACAACGGCCUCACACUCUACAGGUGUCAGGGCAAGAUCGUUUGCCUCUUCGCCCUCUGCCGCUAUAACAAAGAAGAGCAAGAGCAAACGCAUUGACCCUUCACCGCCUGCCCGAAGCGAUGAGAACGACGAUGAUGCAGCAGGCCCUGCAGGAUCAUUCAUUGCCCAGCUCAUCUCCUCCAAACGCGCUGAAGAGCCAGACUGGUCUUCCUACAGCCUCGCCCGACUGAGGGAAGAAGUCAAGAGAUGGGGUUAUCGCUCUAGCACAUCAGACAGGGAAGAGCUGCAUGAGAAGGCUCACUCUAUCUGGUUGGCCCUAAAGCCUGACACGCUAGCGCCGGCAAGGUCAAGGGCCUCACCCCCUCGUGCUCCACCACCACCAGAGUCUCUCUCUCGUACGGGUACGGGCAAGUCCCCUCUCCUCUCCCCCACCCUUCAAACCCACCUACUCACCUCAAUCCACUCCGACUCCCAACUCCACCGCCGAAUCCUACUCAUGGAGCCCGUCCCCUUCGAGGAGGUCUGGUCCAUAGCGCAGCGUCAUGGUCUCGUGGACCUCUUGCACGAGCACGAGAAGAAGCGCGGUUGGGCGAACAAGUUGAAGGAAGAGGUGAAAGUCUGGUUGGAUCAGAGGGGCGUUGUUUGGUAUCAGGGGGAAUUGUCGGGGUGGAGAAGGGAUAGGCGUUAGAUCGUGAUGGGAGGGGGGAUCGAAGGGGGGGUGGAUGGGACAGCAGAGAGAAGAAGAUUUGUUCUUUCUUUGUUGAUACACGAGACGAGAAGCAAGAGAGGGGGAAAAAAACACAAAAAGUUAGAAGUCCAACGCAAAUCGUAGAGCCGCAUUUCAAUCAAUCAAUCA